AUAUAUACGUAUUUAUUUCAAUCAGAAAUUUUAAUUGUUAAACUUAUAGAAUUUUAUUGUGGAACUAUAUAUUCGAAAAUAGGGCUAGCGUGCUGAAGAAAAAUGUCGCAAAAUCUUCUGCAAGAUAUAUUACAAGGUUUUGUAAAUGAAGAAAACUUAUAUCGUUGGUUGAUAAGUGACGUAACGGACAAUGUUUUGUCUGCCACAUAUAAUUGUACAAAAACGGAUUUUAUAUUUUACUAUCUGAAUUUUGUGAGAAGCCAAACAAACAGAUUUUUAAAAAAUGAUGAAAAUCCAAAUGAAUCAAAUGAUAGAAGCAGAAAUUAUACAGGAUCUACUCACUUUUCCAAUAGUGCGCAUGAUUCUAAUACAAGUUUAUUACAAAAUGAAUCCUAUAUCGAGGAAGGAACAAAUAUUCAAGAGAAAAAUAUUAUUGGUUCAAAUAAGAUUAUACAUAAUUCUCUACACAUUGACAAUGCUUUUAAUGAAAACGCUUUCAGCCCAGUUCCUCAUUCUGGUAACACAAAACUGAAUGAAUCAUCUGGGUCUGUUUAUUUCAGUACUCCAAACGAUCAAAAAAAGAGAAACAACUCAAUUUCAAGUAAAUCCUAUUCAAAAUCCCAAAAGUCAAUUGAAAGGGUUUCCAUAAAUUUUGGUGAUUACAUUCAGAAUGCUUCUAGCAAAAAACAUAAGCACCAUUCUGCAAAUAAGUCAAGAAGUAUAAAUACUUCGAAUGAGAAAUCAGAUUUAACUUGCAGUGUAGAUCAAAACACUACUGAAAAUAGUUAUUGUAAAGAUAUCACAGGGACACCUGAAAGUAGUAGAUCAAAUUUAGAUAGCCAAUUUCCAGCACUUGGAGAGAGACUUUCAUUUCAGAAGAGUAACUCAGUAUCUAAAAUUAAUCGAAGCAAGCGUAUAAAACCUACUUCACUAAAUUUUAGUGACUGUGAUAUAAAUAAAAGUGAUUCUAUCAAGACUAGUUUCAACGACAUUAAUGAAAGGCAACAAAACUGUAAUUCAUCGAGUAAUAAUUUCCAAAUGGAACGGUCUAUUCUUCGAAAUGAAAAAGAUUUUAUAAAAAAACAAUUUGAGAAUAGUAAACAUAUAAAAACGAUUUUCAUUAAUCCAAAAGAAAAAAGUACUGUUGUGAAAGUAUCAGAUCCUGGAGAUAUUUUGCAAGUCACAAGAAGAAAGGAAUUAGAUAUUUUAGCAAAUAUUUAUAAUGUGAUACUAAAUAAUAAUUUAGUUGUAAAUUUUUUUAGUGAAUUAAAUUUCAUAUUUUCUUUGUUGAAUGUUGAGAAAAUUGAUGACCAAACAGAUAAUUCUGAUCUAUUUCCAACUUUUCAUAAUUCAGAAACAAUUUUUUAUUCUGCUUGA